AUGGAGCACAAUAUAAGAGAAUUUGAGACGUCAUAUUUCGAUAGAAAUUACACACAAGCUUCUGUGAAUGUAUUAAAUUGUCCUCCGUGGACUGGAGACACCGCAAUUUGGUUAACACAACUGGAGGCAAGCUUUAAAGCUAAUAAAAUUGCAAGUGAAGAGCAAAAAUACAAUAUAAUGCUUAGCAAUUUACCUCCACCUGUAAGUAAUGAAAUUCGAGAUUUGCUACUAAGCCCGAUAGAACCAGUUUCCUAUUCUUCAAUUAAAGAGGAAAUAUUGAAACGAACAUCAAAUUCUAAACAAAAAGAGUUUGCGAAGUUAUUCAACAAUGAAGAGUUGGGUAAUAAAAAACCCACACAACUUCUCCGAAGAAUGAAUGAGCUUCUGAGAGAUCAGCAGAUAGAAGAAUCUUAUCUCAAGGAAGUGUUUUUCAAUAAAUUGCCUCAUAAAACUCAAACCUUGCUUUCGGCCGUAAAAAACCAAAACUCCAUUAAACAGUUGGCAGAUUUAGCAGACGGUAUUCUGGAACUAUCGUCCAAAGAAACUGUAAAUGCAAUACCUUCUAUUUCGAAUGAAAUACAGGAAUUAAAAAGUUGUUAUGAAAAACAAUUUGAAUUAUUGACAAAAAAAAUUGAGAGUUUGCAACUCGAAAGGAACAGUCGCCCGGCUCAACAACAAAAUGCAAGAUGGCGCAGGAAAUCGAGGAGCCCUAGUUUAAAAAGAAACGCCAUCUGUUGGUACCAUGCUAAAUAUGGAGACAAGUCAUUCAAAUGUAUUAAACCUUGUGCAUUUGAUUUCCUUAUUAAAAAAAAAAGGAAAAUUCGGGAAACUUCUAAACCAUAG